CGUAGCGCUGGUUUGAUUCCGUUUUGCGGGAAACAGCUGCAGUAACUUUUAGUUUCAUGUUCAGGAGAGAAAUCAACUUUAUGCCUGUAGAAUGUCGGAACCGAACAAUAGUUAGACGGUUUUCCGUCUCUGUUUGCUUCUCUAACGAGUAUUAGGUGUAAAAAUCGGAGUGGCUAUGAGUGAGUUAGCAGGCUGGCUAGUUUAGCAGUAGCAGCACUGUAGUAGUGUUUAGCUUGUUAGCUUCAUUCAGUGGCACAACAUCAGCUCAUUCACUUGUUUGUUUGACAAUGACUCAAGGCUUGCUUAAAGAGUUUCCUUUAUUAGUUGCGCUGGAUAAAGAGCAAACUAUUUACGAUGGCUUUGUCUCAGUACAGGAAAGAGACUUCAGGUUAAGAAUAACGCUGCCUCCAGACCAUCAGCUGAAACAGGCAAAACUGCACUGCUGCUGGGAACUGAAACAGCUGCUGAAAAACCAUCAGCACAUCCUAAAGCAGAGGUUACAGCAUUCUUCAGAUUUGUUCGGGUUUCUUCUGGAGCUGAGGACCAUAUUGGAAGUGGCACUGAAGAGCCAGCCAGGCUGGCCGUCCAUCCCACCACCUCAGUACUAUUCACAGCUCAUCGCAGAGAUCGAGAGUUUAGGAUGGGAUAAGCUGAUGUUCAUCGACACUGACUUCCACACUCUUAAGUUGAAGGCAGAGGACUCCUCUCAUCGUCAGCAUGUCUUUACAGUCAUGCUUAAACCAAAGUACCCAGCAGAAGCUCCAGAAUGUUCCGCAGAUCUGCCUGUCCCACUGGUCGUUCCAUGGACUCCACAGAGCAAUUUAGCCCACAUGCAUAGCCAGUUCCUGCUGAUUGUGGAGGCUUUGGCUGAAUUCUGGGCAGUGAUGGAUGAGAUUGAUGAGCACACCUGGGUGCUGGAACCUGAAAAACCUAGCAGAGCAGACACGAUGAGAAGGAUCGCUAUUGGAAACAACAUCUCCAUAAAGGUUGAGAUCGACCCCAGGCACCCGAAGAUGUUGCCAGAAUGCUGCCUGCUUGGAGCGGAGCAUGUGGUAACCCCCCUGAGGAGCAAGCUGAACGCUAACAUGCAUUUAUGGAACCCCGACUGCAGCGUCCUGCAGAACAUGAAGGAUGUUAUGGAGAUAGAAUUCCCGUCACCUGCCACCCACGAAAAAUCUAGUUUUAGUGUGGAGUGCGGCAUUUGCUAUUCAUAUCGGCUGGACUCUGCCAUUCCAGAUCAGGUGUGCAACGAUCCACGCUGCGGGCAGCCUUUUCAUCAGGCCUGUCUCUAUGAGUGGCUGAGAGGUUUGCCCACCAGUCGCCAAAGCUUCAACAUUGUGUUUGGAGAAUGUCCUUACUGCAGCAAGCCCAUCACAGUGAAAAUGGCUUUACAAAAACCAUGACCACUCUGUAAAAUGGCUGCCGUGUUUCAGGAGAAGAAAAUCUGUUCUUAAUGCUGGAAUAUGAAAACCAAGCAGCAUGUUCAAAACACAGUAAAACCAACCAGAAAAAAGAAGAGUGCAACAGUAAUGAUGUAGGCAUAAAAUUUACAGCUCCACUGUAUAAAAGGUUGGACUUGUGAGUUCUGUCCAUUGUUCCUGUUGCUCUGUGUGAAGUAGUAUUUACUGUUUACAUCAGCAUUCAACUGAUAUUCAUUAUAAACAGUUUCUUCACAGCAGUUAUAUUUUGGUUUGCCCCAGUAGUCGUCCCCUUCCCUGGUUCUUGUGCAGUAGUCUUCCGACGAGUGGUAAUUUCUUCCCCAGUGUUCAGUGACAUCAGGGCUGAGAUCCUGACGCUCCGUCUUAUCGUGCCAUUUCCACAUUUGCAAACCAUCCUCGUCUCUGUUCCUCAUUCCAAACGCUGGAGCCAACUUUUUUUUUUUACCAGAAAUAUAGUGUGCAUUGCAAUUUUUCCCAUGUCAGACACAGUGGAUAAUAUAAUGGUGAUUUUCUUCUUGUUUAUACUUAACUUCAAACAUGCAAUAUAGAUUUUCCUAUAUGUAUAUACAGAACAUGAUUAAAAUUUGUUUGUUCAAUGA